AUGGAUUUGUCGAAAUUGAGAGCCGUAAUUCCGCCGAUAUGCUUAGUUCUGGCCUUAGUGGUGCUUGUGAAUGUAUCGUAUAUGAGUGUCAAAGUUAGCACAACACCGUUGAGUGAAUCGCCACUUUACGGACAAUACGAUGUCGAAUAUGCGAGUGCCUCAAAUGGUGUUGUAUCAGAAAGUCUACCAUUACCGUCACCAUCGGCCGCAGUGAAACGCGUCCAAAGGUUGCCGCAAUGUCUGAUAAUCGGUGUUCGAAAAGGCGGCACGAGGGCGUUGCUGGACGCACUCGCGUUACAUCCUCAAAUUCGUGUGGCGCGACGUGAGAUGCAUUUUUUCAACAGCAACGAAACGUAUGCGAAAGGAAUUGAUUGGUACCGAUCACAAAUGCCUUUUACAUACGAUGGACAGGAUAAGAACGCUCUCAACAGUUUUGGUGCAGUUCUGACAAAUAAAUUAGGCAUAGCUGAUUGGAUGAAGAGACAACAAGCGAGCAAAUUCCAGGUGACAAUUGAGAAGACACCUGGUUAUUUCACAAAUCAAUUCGCUGCCGAACGUGCGUAUCGUAUGAACUCGACAGUGAAGUUGAUUCUGAUUGUUCGCGAUCCGGUGACGAGAGCCAUCAGCGACUUCACUCAGGUGAUACACACAAAACAAGAGCGAAACAAGACACUUCCUGACUUCGAAACUGAAGCGUUCCUUCAGAGUGACGCACAAACGAUCAAUGUGGACUAUAAGCCUGUCAGGAAUUCGUUGUAUUCACUGCAUCUGCGCGAAUGGCUGAAAUACUUUCCACUGCAGAACUUUUUGAUUCUCGACGGUGAUCGUUUCGUGCUGCAACCACUCAUCGAGCUACGAAAAGUCGAGCGUUUUCUGCGGGUCGCUGCAAAUGGUAUUGAUAAGGAUCAAGUGGUGUUCAAUCGACGUAAAGGUUUCUACUGCUUUCGACAAAAAGACCAUCGCACGGCGAAGUGUUUGGGCAAUACAAAAGGACGAGCGCAUGCUCAAAUCUCGCAGCAUAGUCAGCAAAAGCUUCGCAAGAAUUUCCUCGCCUAUAACCGACAAUUCUAUAAGAUGGUCAACAGGUGGUGGCCAUGGGACUAG